CCUUGUGACGCGCUCUGGAAACUCAGCGGUCGCCAUGGAGCUGUUGGGCGAGUAUGUUGGGCAGGACGGGCAGCAGCGGCAGCUGCGGGUGCCCUGUGAGGCGCCCGGCGACGCCGACCCUUUCCAGAGCCUGUUGUCGGGAGUGGCCCAGAUGAGGGAGCUGGUGGCCGAGCUCUUCGGCCCCCUGGUACAGCGGGAAGCGCAGGACAGGGAGGCGGUGGCACCGGACGAGGCCUUGGACGGUGAUGAUGAAGAUGAUGUGGAAGAUGAAAAUAACAUUGAUAACAGAACUAACUCAGAUGGACCAUCUGCAAAACGGCCGAAACCACCAUCUUAACAAUAGCUUUUAUGAAGUUUAAAAGACUGCUACUAUAACUUAGUUAUCUCAUACUGACAUUUAAAGAAGACUUGUGCUCUAAUUUGGAAAAGCAUUUGUUUUGUUCUCCUGGGACAGUUUUGUCAAGGAACUGUCUUGUCUGUUUCCAUCAAAAAAAGAUAUAAUAAAUGUUUAGAAAUGUAUCUGUUUUCUUGAGUGAGAAAUAAGUUUCAGAUCAUGGAAAUAAAAUACAGUACUUAAUGUGUAAAAUCCUCUUAAGUUGGCAACUGAAUUUUUAUUGUUUUCUACUUUUUAAUCUUUGAAUUAAAUUGUGUGAUGUCUA